AUGGGCGGUCGGGGCGGUGGUGGUGGUGGUGGCGGUGGUGGCAGCGCCGGCUUCGGAGUCGUUUCGCACCUCGGAUACGCGGUCACGCCCUCGUUGGCUCCGACGGCGGUCGCUUCGAUGCCAAUCGCAGCCAGACGUGGAUCUCAGAAUCUACGAGCUACAACUACAUCUACUGAAACAAAACAAGUACCAGAUCGUCCAGCAACGGAGUCGAACUCAAAGCAUGAAUCACUUGGCGAUCGUGCAUCGUCCAAGCUCACGCUGGACGACGAACUAUUUGACAUCCUCUACGCAUUUGGGUGA